CUGAUGACGCAGAUCCUCUGAAGAGAGGCCAUGGCGAGUGAUUUCUACCUCCGCUACUAUGUGGGGCACAAGGGGAAAUUCGGACACGAGUUCCUCGAGUUCGAGUUCCGGCCCGACGGAAAGCUGCGCUACGCCAACAACAGCAACUACAAGAACGAUGUGAUGAUCCGAAAGGAGGCUUAUGUGCACAAGAGUGUGAUGGAAGAACUGAAGAGAAUAAUCGACGACAGUGAAAUCACAAAAGAAGAUGAUGCUCUGUGGCCUCCUCCUGACAGAGUGGGCAGACAGGAACUUGAGAUAGUAAUUGGUGAUGAACACAUCUCCUUUACCACAUCAAAAAUCGGUUCCCUCAUUGAUGUAAAUCAGUCCAAAGAUCCAGAAGGCUUGAGAGUAUUCUAUUACCUGGUCCAGGACCUUAAAUGUCUUGUCUUCAGUCUUAUUGGACUCCACUUCAAGAUUAAGCCAAUUUAAGUCACACAAACUGAAGUUUGUAUUGCAAUGUCAGCAGUAAGGAUGGGAAAGGAAGAUCCUGUUCCAGACAUCAUUAUUUCUGAAAUUCUUUUGUACUUUAGAUUAUUUUUUUGAUUGUUAUUUUGUUGUUGUUACAAACUGUCAGUGACUCAAUAAAUGGGUAAGAUUUGUGUUUUUAAUUUUUAA